AGUGCUAUGAAAGGAAUCCCUUUUACACUUAAGCUACCAAACUGAGUUUAUCUCUGAGCCCUGAGGCUCAGAGACACAAGCUCUCCAGAAAUAUAUCAGCUGCACUAAAAGAAUCCCUGGCAAGAUCCCUACCAGUAAGGAAAAAGAGGAAAGAUAGGAGAGAGCUUGCUACUUGCUACAGGCUGCCUUCUUUUGGCUCAGUCCUUUACCCUGGAUUGCCCUUUGAAAAAAAAUCAAUAAAAAAAGAAAGAAGCAAGGAAUAAAGAACUUCUUUUGAAAAAUGUCUAAACAACCUGCAUCAAAUAUCAGAGCAAUCCAGGCUAAUAUCAAUAUACCAAUGGGUGCAUUUAGACCAGGAGCUGGACAACCACCCAAGAGGAAAGAAUUUACACAGGAAGUAGAACAUACUAUUCCAACACAGGACUCACCAGCAGAAGAGAAAAAACAGCUUCCUGGAGCUGUAAAACUUCCAGGACCAGCAAUGAAUCUUUCAGAAAUUCAGAAUAUAAAAAGUGAGCUAAAGUUUGUACCAAAAGCAGAUGAAUAGUAGUGCUAAAAUAAAAGCUCAAACAAGAAUCUUUUUGAAGAAAACCAGACGUAGGAGGAAUGCAAACUGCUGAGAUAUUUUAUAUAUUUAUAUAAAGACUAUGUACAACAUUUUAUGAUGUAUACCUCCAUAUAGCGACACAUUAACUUAUUUGUACAUUAAUUGCUCAGAAACUGGUUUCUCAAUAAAAAUAAUGAAAUAUAGCACAAAUAAAGAAGCACUGGGUUUCUUUUAAAAA